UUAUGCUUGCUUGCUUAUUUGAAAACAUAAUUAUUUCAAGAUAGAUUUAGAUAUAAAAUCAAAUAGAUUUAGAACAAAAAAAUAGUAAAAAUAGAAAUCAACACCUAGAAAAUGGCUUAAAAGGAAAAGCAAAAAUGGUAAGAUAUUGAGGACGAUGAAGAUUAUAGUAAUUCUCCUCAAAUCAAUUAAGAUACUCAAAUGAUGACAGUAGAAUAUAAAUUAUAACCUACUGGAGAAUAAGUUAAUGUCGGAGGAAACAAAUUCCAAAAGAAGUUUGCUCCCAAGAAACCUCUUCUAACUGCUGAAGAAAUGAUCGAAUAGAUUAAAGUUGAUAAGUACUAGAAUGUCUUUUUACAUUGCUUCUUGGUUAAUGGCUCAGCUGAAAACUUUGAAGAGGCUUUCAAAGAAAAAGUAAGAUAUGCUCAAUUGACUGAAGCUAAGAACCAAGAUAGAGACAACUCUAUUGAUUUGAAGUUUGACGAUAAACAAGAAGCUAUCAAGUUCAUUUAGUUAUCUUAAACUACCGCUAUAAAUGGCAAGACUUUCAGAGUUAAGUUUGGAAAGUUUACAAAGUAGGGAGAUGGAUUUAAAAAGGGAGAUUAUAAAGAUAGACCAAGAUAUUCUCAAAACGAAAGAAGAGAUUAUAAGGGUGGUGAAAGAGUUCAUAGAAAUGAUGAUCGUGAACAUCAUCACAGAAAUAACGAUAAGCGUGAACCCUAUCAUCACAAUCGCGAAAAUAGAGAACACUUCCAAAAUCGCGAAAAUAGAGAGCACCAUCAAAAUCGUGAAAAUAGAGAACAUCACCAAAAUCGUGAAAAUAGAGAAUUUAAACCUUACUACAAGAAAGAUUACCAUAAUGAAAAGAAAUAAGAAGAAAAGCCUAUCUAAAAGCAAGAAGAAUAGACUGUUCAAAACUCUGAAGCUCAAUAAUAAGCUCCAGUUGAAGAAUUUAAACCCCGUGGUUUUAUUAAUACUAAGAAAAAUCUAAACCAUAGUGACAAAGAAAGUGCUGAAUAGAUUCGUUGUGUUGAUACUAAUGCCAAGGUUCUUGAAAAGCAAAAAAGAGACGAAUAGGAAAGAUUAGCUAGAUUAGAAGAAGAAAAGAAGUUACAAGGUGAAAAUUAAGAAAAAGUUGAAUAAAAGGAACAUCACCAUAGUAAAGAUAAGCAUGCUCAUCAUCAUGGCCAUGGUAAAGAUGGUAAAGGAAAAAGAGAAGAUAGAUCAAAGGGAAAGCAAUAAAAGAGUACUGGUGAAACAUAAAAAUCUGAAAAAGUUGUAUAUGAAAAGAAAGAACAACAACCUUCUCAACCUUAACCUCAAGCUGUAGAAGCCUAGGAGAAAACAGCUAGCAAUGAAGAAAAAUCAUAAGCUAAGAAGAAGUUGAAACUUCCUGAAAACACUAAAGUCGAAGACGAAUGGAAUGUUGUUCCUGGAAAGGUUGCUGAUAAGAAAAAGAGCGAUGGAAAGGGAAAGAAUGGAAAUAAUGAUUCUAGAAGAAAUAAUAACAAUAACUAGAAACCUAAAGUUACUUAUACUCGUAAAGACGAAUAGAAAUGA